CUUCCUGUGGCUAACAUGCUAACUUGUUCCGUUCCGUCGUUCCCAUAAAAUUCAGUCUGAGUGAAGCAGCAGAGUCUGUUUGUCUGGAUAAACUUGUUGAAGUGGACUUUUUCGUAAACUUUCGGGAUGUUUCAGCCCAGACUCAUCUCCCGUUAGCCAACAAUGCUGAAGGAAGUUUGCGUAGCUUGCUAGCAGGAAAUAGACGGAGCUCGGCCUCACGGUGCUAGUCGGAGUAGCUUCGACAGAGACCAAACUGUAUUUUUCACGGAGCCCAAAUGUCCAGAUAGAGCUGUGUGAAUAGACUCUGUGCUGUUCCCUUUAUUUGACGCUGUUUUCCAUCUGAAUGAUCUGCUGCUGUCCGACGAAGCUAAUGAAGCUAACUUAGCCUGCUAGCCGGAAAUAGACGCAGCCGAGCGUCAUUUAAUCAUCAGAGAGAACAAACAGUUUCUAACGGAGUGAGUCUGGAGGAAAAGCUGCUGUGAAUCAGUCAAAAUGUCUAAAGUCCAAACGCUGAGAGCUUUUGUGAAGCAGCGACUAACUGCGGCUGCUGAAGAGAUAUUUGAGCAGUUUGAAAGAACGAUAGCAGAGUACGAGGAGGAAGUUUGUCGACAACAGAAACUACUGGACGCUGUUUUCAAGCCUGAAGUCCGGUUACACAGAGCAGACGUCCAGCUGCUGUUGGGGAGGAAAGAAGAGGAUCCUCCUGAGCAGCAGGACUGGAGAUCCAGUCUGGACCAGGAGGACCCAGCAGAGCCGCCUCACAUUAAAGAGGAACAGGAGGAGCUGUGGACCAGUCAGGAGGGAGAGCAGCUGGGAGGUCUGGAGGAGGCUGAUAUCACCAAGUUCACGUCCCCUCCUGUCCCUGUGAAGAGUGAAGAAGAGGAUGAAGAGGAACCUCAGUCCUCACAGCUUCAUCAGAGACAAACUGAACAGAUGAAAACAGAAUCUGAUGGAGAGGACUGUGGAGGACCAGAACCAGCCAGGACCUCAGAUCCAGAUAGACCUGACACUGAUGACAGGACAUCCCUGUCCUCUGAACCUGAGACUGAUGACAGUUGUGACUGGGAGGAGACCAGAGAGCCUCAGUCAGGUUUAAACCCUCUACAGAACAAUGAAGUACCUGUCAGUGAUGUUAAAUGUAAAACUGGAAAAACUUCAGUGAGCUCCUCUGGAUGUACUUCAGGCUCUGACCACAAGGGGUGUCUGCAGAGACGCAGUGGAAACCAAACAGGAGAGAAACCAUUUAGUUGUUCAGUUUGUGGGAGAAAAUACCAGCAAAAGAAAUUCCUCAGGAAUCACAUGAGACUCCAUUCAGAGGGAAAACUGUUGAGCUGCUCAGUUUGUAAAGUUAGUUUCAGUCUCAGAAGCAGUUUGUCCAGACACAUGAGGACCCAUACUGGGGAGAAACCAUUUAGUUGUUCAGUCUGUGGUAAAGGAUUCGGAGAUAGUGGGACGCUGAGGCGACACUUGACUGUCCACACAGGACAAAAACCUUUCAGCUGCUCAGUUUGUAAAGUUAGUUUCAGUCGCAGAGACGGUUUGUCCAGACACAUGAGGAUCCAUACUGGGGAGAAACCACUUAGUUGUUCUGUGUGUGGUAAACGAUUUGGAGAAAGUAGAAUGUUGAGGCGACACUUGAUUGUCCACACGGGGGAGAAACCGUUCAGCUGCUCAGUUUGUAAAGCAAGGUUUGGUGACAGAGGCACUUUAUCCAGACACAUGAGGACCCAUACUGGGGAGAAACCGUUCAGUUGUAGCGUUUGUGAUAAAAGAUUCACUCGACUGACUCGUGUCAAAAAACACAAGUGUGUUGGUGAGAGCAGAGAGGUGUACGACGAAGCAAGAUUAAUGGAUUCGCAGGUAUGUUGAGAGUUUGUCCGUUCAGUCCUGAAGAAGAGUCACAUGAGUCUGAUGAAGAAAACCUGACGGGUGAUGACCACCGUCCUGAUACGUUAAUCCACAUUGUGUGUGUGUGUGCGUGUGCGUGCGUGCGUGCGUGUGCGUGUUUUGGUUCUCGUUCAUGGUGAUGAAGGAACAUGUGUGAGGCUCACUGAUGUUUUAAUGGAGCUCUACGACACUGAGGAAGACGAUCUCAGCCUGUGAUACACACAGAGCUGUUCGCAGUUAGCACUCACUGCUGGUUUGGUUUGAGGUUUGUUGACAAGAAGAAAAUACUGAAUAUGAACAGACUCCCAUCGACUGCAGUCGCCCCUCCUCAGAGAAUAAACGUGCAGAAAAAAGUCUGUUUUCAGGUUAUAAUGCAAAGCUCACGGCAGAGUAUCAGGAGACUUUUCCGAACAAAGAGCAGUUUGUCUUUUCAGGAGAAAGCCACGUCUGACAUGUUCAGCUGAGCUCUCAGCUGCUCGUUCAUUAAAUCAACUCACGAUUCUUCUGGGCAGACUGAAAGUUUUGGCCUCGUAUCUCAACGUGUGCUGAGAAUCUCUUCUGCUCAUAUAAAACAUGUAGAAAUCUGGACUUGAAAGUGUUUUUCUUCUCUCCAGUGUGACAAACAUUGAGCAGAAAACAAGUCCUGCAGGAAAACCUCCUGUGUGACUGCUGUGAUGAUGUUCCCCCUCAUGUCCACUAGAUGGCAGCAGCGUCUCACUGAACUCCAUUCACAGACAGAGAAAUCCAACCUUUUCUCUUUUCUGUCAACAUUUCUGCUGACUUAUGUGUUGUUUAUUAGUUUGUGUGUGAGGAACACUUCGAGAACAUUCACCACUUAAUAACAGACUCAACUAAGCUCUUCAGUCGUGCCUUAUUGAGACUGAUGGUUCCAUAAAAAUGCCUGAAAGACUCUAAGCCUGUAAUGUUUUUAAAGGAAGCAUUCAGAGGACGAUUCAUCGUCACAAAUGCAGAUAUAUAAAUAAAAAUCCCUGUUUUAUUUUUUUAAAGAAUGAAACCAAACAGUAUAUUUAGACCCUUAAGUACUCAACCAACACCAAGGCUGUUCAGACUGUGCAUUUGUGUAAUCUUCUUAAUAUUUUUCUGUAGACUGUUUUUACUUGUAUGUGGCCCCUGGCAAAACCUUUUUCUGUUCAACUGUGUUGUUCUGU